AUCUCUCUUCUCCGCUCCUCUCCUCUGUUCUUCCCUCUCCAAAGGUCUUCCGUCUGUCUGUCUAUUCUAUCUCGCCAAGGUUGAUAUUUGAUUUGGUGAUUUCAUUGUAUAUUUUCUGAGAUUUCAUUUGGGGCAUCGUUAGAUCUGGCUUGGAAGGUUUGAUAUUUGCUUCUCUUUUAUUUAUUUAUGUAUUUUUUGUUUUUUAAUGUAAAACAGAUUUUUAUGAAUUGAUCCGAUCCACUAAUUUUGUGUUCUAUUGUCUCUUUCUCCUCCCUUCCCUUCUCUCUCAAGCCAAAAAUAGGGGCUGUUAGCAUUUGUUUUGGAGAUAUCAUUUGGGACAUCAAAAGGACACGACUUCAGAUAAUCGAAGGAGUUUUCAGCAGAUCUCGCUUGGAAGCCGCCCACCUCUUCCUCUAUCUCUCUUUCGGCGACUGCCUUUGCCCAGCGAAACUUCACCGACAACUCUUCUUCCUCACCAGCGACCAGACUACCCUGAGGUAAACAGCAAUGGCUCAAGAAGCAGGUAUGUUCACGGUUCAGCAAACCAUUGGCAGUGUUUUGUGCUGCAAAUGUGGUGUUCCGAUGGCACCAAAUGCUGCCAAUAUGUGUGUGAAAUGUCUGCGUUCUGAAAUUGAUAUCACAGAAGCUUUGCAGAAGCAUGUUAUCAUCAUUCACUGCCCCGAAUGUGAUACCUAUUUGCAGCCACCAAGAACUUGGAUCAAAGCCAAACUAGAAUCAAAGGAGCUGUUGACAUUUUGUGUGAAGAGAUUGAAGAAUUUGAAUAAAAUCCAUUUAGUACAUGCGGAAUUUAUAUGGACCGAACCUCACUCAAAGAGGAUCAAAGUUAGGCUGAGAGUUCAAAAGGAGGUGCUUAAUGGGGCAAUACUAGAACAAGCUUAUACUGUUGAGUAUGUAGUGCAAGACCAAAUGUGUGAAUCUUGUACUAGGGUUCAAGCCAACCCUGACCAAUGGGUGGCUGCAGUGCAACUACGUCAGCACGUUUCUCACCGGCGAACUUUCUUCUAUUUAGAACAACUUAUUCUUAAGCAUGAUGCCGCUGUCCGUGCCAUAAGAAUCAAGCAGAUGGAUCAGGGAGUUGAUUUCUUUUUUGCUAAUCGGAGUCAUGCUGUGAAGUUUGUAGAGUUCCUGGGUAAAGUUGCUCCAAUUAAGAGUCGUCAUGACAAACAACUUGUAUCGCAUGAUACCAAGAGCAAUAAUUACAAUUAUAAGUACACCUUUUCUGUUGAAAUCUGCCCAAUUUGUCGUGAGGAUCUGAUUUGUCUACCUCCAAAGGUUGCAGUUAGUUUGGGAAAUCUUGGUCCACUUGUGAUCUGCACGAAGGUGAGUAACACCAUUGCUUUGCUGGACAUUUUUACUCUGAGACACUGUUUCAUGGAUGCUGACCAAUAUUGGAGGACAGCUUUUAAGUCCCUGCUUUCGAGUAGGCAGAUUAUGGAAUAUAUCGUGUUAGAUGUGGAGCCUGUUUCUUCUGAAAUAAAUGUUGGUGGUUCAAAGUAUGUUUUAGCCGAUGCCCAAGUAGCUCGUGUAGCAGAUUUUGGGAAGAAUGAUACACUGUUUACCGUAAGAACACAUUUAGGUCAUAUUUUAAAUCCUGGGGAUUAUGCUAUUGGUUAUGACUUAUAUAGGGCUAACAGCAAUGAUAUUGAAUUGGACAAGUACAAAGGUCUUGUUAUUCCAGAUGUGAUUCUAAUAAAGAAGAGCUAUGAAGAGAAGCGCCAGAAGAAGCGGGGGAAACCGCGUGCAUGGAAGCUUAAAUCUCUUAACAUGGAAGUCGAGGACUCUGCUAAAGCUACUGAUGAAGAGAAGAGGAGCUCAGAAUACGAACAGUUCUUGAGAGACUUGGAGGAGAACCCUGACAUGAGGUUCAAUAUAUCCUUGUACCAGAAUAAAGAAUACCAACCAUCAGAAAUGGCCUCCAUGACUGACGAGGAGGAUGUUCCUUCGAUACCUUUAGAGGAGUUGCUUGCAGAUCUUGAUCUAAGUGAGGAGGAAGCUCAGAAUGAUAGCAUGAACGAGUAAAUUGACGUGGUAUAUUUUUUUUUUCUGUUCAUUGUGGGGGAAGUAUUGUCAAAUCAAUAGUUUAGAUGUUUCAAUAUGAUUACUAGUUCCUUGUUUUCUCUGUUAUAGAAGUUUGAUAGAAAUUUGAUGGAAAGUUGUGUUACUCUACUAGCUCCUCCAACUAUGCGAUUGUCUUUUUGUUUGUCUCAAAAUCUAGCGGCGUGAGGAUAUUUUUUGUUAAAAUUG